AGUCCCGUAAAAUUGGAAAAUGGAAAGCCCAGCCAUCCUUUCCGGUUCUUCCUCAUUCGCAUGAAUCGCAUAUCCAAACAGUCAGUCAUCAAGAAGCAAGACAUGCUAAACCCACGCUCAGCUCUUUGCACCAGCUCCAGCUUCUAGGGUUUCUAAUUUCUCAAAUUCGAAUCCCAAUCCCCUUCAAAAAUGGCUACUUUAUCCUCGUUUCGACCUAGCCUUGUCCUUGUCCCAACUCCGAAGCCCCCGAACCCUCUCCUCCCUCGAACUCACCACCACUACGGCUUCUCGCAACCCAAGCCCUUCCUCCGAGGCUCGCUCGCUGUGGCUCGGCUCGGCUUCGGCCCCGGUCUGAUUCCCGAACCGGAAGACGCCGGAGCUGUCUUGAAGGAGCUGUAUGACAGAGCCGAGAGCUUGCUUUACACGGUGGCCGAUGCGGCGGUGUCAGCUUCGUCGUCGACGGAGAGCGUGAGUACAACGAAACAGAGCAGUGAUUGGCUUUCUGGGAUUACCAAUUACCUUGAAAGCGUUCUCAAGUUUUUGAAAGAUGGGCUCUCUGCUGUGCACGUUCCCUACUCUUAUGGCUUUGCCAUCAUACUCUUGACCCUCCUUGUUAAAGCGGCUACCUUCCCGUUGACCAAGAAACAGGUUGAGUCUGCCAUGGCUAUGCGGUCCUUGCAACCUCAAGUGAAAGCUGUACAAGAACGCUAUGCUGGGGAUCAGGAGAGAAUUCAACUUGAAACUGCUCGAUUGUAUAAAUUAGCUGGCAUAAACCCUUUGGCAGGAUGCCUGCCUACGCUUGCAACAAUCCCAGUAUGGAUUGGGUUAUAUAGAGCUCUUUCAAAUGUGGCAGAUGAGGGACUCCUUACAGAAGGCUUCUUCUGGAUACCCUCCUUGGCCGGUCCUACAACAGUUGCUGCUCGACAAAAUGGAAGUGGCAUCUCUUGGCUUUUUCCAUUUGUAGAUGGUCAUCCACCCCUUGGAUGGUCAGACACCUUGGCAUAUCUUGCCUUGCCUGUUUUGCUGGUUGUCUCACAGUACAUAUCUGUUCAAAUCAUGCAGUCAUCACAGAGUAACGAUCCGAACAUGAAGAGUUCUCAAGUUAUUACCAAGUUUCUUCCUUUAAUGAUUGGUUAUUUUGCUCUUUCAGUGCCUUCUGGUCUAAGUCUCUAUUGGUUCACAAAUAACAUACUGACCACAGCACAACAAGUAUGGCUUCAAAAAUUUGGGGGUGCAAAAAAUCCAGUUAGUCAAUUAAAUGAUAAUUUUAUCAAGGAAGAUGAACUCCAAAUUCAAAAGUCUGUCUCUGAAUUAAAGUUGACACAAAAGGAUACCAGACAAGAAGAAAAGUUGACGCCAGAGGGUCUACGGCCUGGUGAAAGAUUUAAAAUGAUAAAGGAGCAAGAAGCUCGGAGAAAACAACAAAGAGAAGAAGAAAAGAGAAAAGUUGAAGAGGCAGCAGCCAAGGGAACUCAAAUAACUAAUGAGCGACAUGAGGGAGAAGCCAGAUUACAUGAUAAUGAAAAUGGAGCUGCAGUUGAAUUAGUUGUUGAAAAGAGUGAAGGACGUCAUUCUCAGACUACAACCCAUAGUUCCUCUGAUGUUGGAGUUUCUGUGAAUGGUGAUCGGUCUAUACAGGACUUGAAAGAAGAUCACAACACAGUGUCUGUGUUGAAGAUGGAAAACAGUGAAGUUUCUGCUAAUUUAGAGGUUGAAAGGAGGGAUGAGCAGAAGUCGGAUGAGAGUCAAGGAGACGGAAAGGAAUCUGUUGAAGUACGAACUUCCACGACCACUGUGGAUACAAAAGUUUCUGGAGAAGGCGCACAUCAAGUGAGAGGGGAGUGACCCACCAAAGUGUAAGCAUUGUUGAGAUAGCAUUGGUGAGUCAAUUUAAUCAGAUUGAAAGCAACCCUGACAUUCAAAAGCAAUACACGGUGUAUAUUAUAUCUGAGACAGGGGAGUGGGAACAACAAGAUUUUCGGAUUUUUGUUGUGUAGCUGUAAGAAGUUUUUGAAUGUGUCCUGUAGAAAAAAAAACUGCUCUGCCUUCUGCUUCUCGGUGGCAUGGCAUGUAUGAUCUUUGUAGCAAAAAUUUCCAUAUUUUUUGGUUAGAUUAGAUGAGAAGAAGGGGAAAUGGAUAGGAAAUUAAACAGAUGUGUUCGAUUCUUUUUCAUGUCACAACGUACGAAUAAAUGAUAUAAAAUUUCAGCUCGUUACUUUGCU